UGAGAGCUUUAGUCGGUGAGUUCACAUAAGUUAUGAUUACCCGGUUGAUUUAUUCACAAUUUGCCUGCAGUCGAAGAUGUUUUUCAUCAAAAAGUACAAUUUUCGGGCUUUCUUCAGGUGCUGGGAAAUGUGGUGUUGCUGUAAUACGAGUCUCCGGAGAUGCUAGUGCUGAUGUUUUGCGAUCGAAGACAAAGACGAAGGAUCUUCCGAUUCCGAGAAAAGUAUGCCUGAAGGGAAUUUUGCACUCCAAGACUGCAGAAAUGAUAGAUCGAGGUUUGGUGAUUUGGUUUCCAGGACCAAGCAGCUUUACCGGAGAGGAUUCGGUAGAAUUUCAUGUUCACGGAGGUGUAGCUGUGGUUAGUGCAAUGUAUGAUAGCUUGGGUUCUGUCGACGGGGUGCGCCUGGCAGAGCCGGGAGAAUUUACAAAACGUGCCUUCUACGCUGGAAAGAUGGAUCUUACGGCGGUCGAAGGCUUGGCAGAUUUGAUUGAUGCUGAAACUGAAGCACAGAGGAAACAAGCUCUACUUCAGGCGAGUGGGGAACUAUCGAAGCUCUACAAUCGGAUUAGAUCUAGACUUGUGAAAUGCAUCGCACAUAUGGAAGCUUACAUAGAUUUUGCUGAAGACCAGGAUGUGGGCGAUGAUGUUUUAACUGAGGUUAAGAAGGAUGUCGGUGUUUUAGUUGCAGAUAUUCAGGCUCAUUUACACGAUCACAGACGAGGUGAACGGUUAAGGUCAGGUGUUCGGGCAGUCGUAAUAGGAGCUCCAAACGUUGGAAAAAGCAGUUUUGUGAAUCUCCUCAGUAAUAGAAAAGUAUCCAUCGUGACAGAUGUUGCCGGAACAACUCGAGAUAUUGUUGAAAGCCAUCAUGAUAUUGGAGGCUAUCCUUUUAUUCUAGCUGAUACCGCUGGCCUAAGAGCUUGUACAAAAGACAUUGUCGAAAAAGAAGGCAUCACAAAAGCUAAAGACUACAUUGAAUUGGCUGAUCUAAUAAUCUUGAUGGUUGAUUCGACACAUUUCCAAAAAAAUCGUUUCUCAAAUAAUAUAGAUCAAUACAUAGAUGAUUAUUUAAACACGCUUGGUUACGAUCGGAGCAUCUUUACCAAAACACGUUCAAUCGUGAUCUUUAAUAAAACCGAUUUGCUUCCAGAGGAAACUUUAAAAAUUGUCCAAACACUUCCAAAUAUCCAGUGUCUUUCAUGUCAUAAUCACAAUGGCUUCGAAAAGGUGCUGAAAGAAGUUACCAAGAACUUAAAGUUUCUUUGUGGAAACCCAAAUAAAGAAAACCCACAUCUUAGUCAACAAAGACAUCGAUACCAUUUAAAACAAUGCGUUCAGAACAUGGAAAAGUUUACACAAUAUCUAAAUGAAGACUGUAAUCCGGAUAUGGCGAUCGCGACUCAACAACUUCGAAGCGCGAUAAGAAACAUCGGGAAAAUAACUGGAUCCGUUGAAACUGAAGAAAUUCUAGAUGUAAUUUUUAGUAGUUUUUGUAUUGGUAAAUAAAAUUGGCUGUGGUACUAGAA